AACUGGGCAGUGCAGAAGGGAAGUGAAAGUAAGUGCAGCAGAAAUUAUUUUCAUAACAGCUGCGCUUGGGAAAGAAGGCCAGUGCGGACCCCUCACCACUCUUCAGAAUGACUCCGCUCCUCUUUUUUGUUGUUUUUCUCCUUCGUCAACUUCCAGGCGCUCUAUGCACUGUGACCACAGUCGGAGACCUGACAGUGUUAGAGGGUCAGUCAGUGACUGUUCCCUGCCAUUACAACCCUCAGUACACCCACAAUGUGAAGUACUGGUGUCACGGCUCUAUGAGAGAGUUCUGUAGCAGCCUGGCCCGUACAGAUGACCCGGAGUCCACUCCAUUCGGGAGGGGCAGAGUGACGAUCGCUGAUGACCCGGCCCAGUAUGUGUUUGCGGUAACUAUGCGGGACCUAAAGGAGGCUGACUCAGGCUGGUACUGGUGUGGGGUUGAAGUUGGGAGCAUGUGGAGUGUGGACAGCACUGCAUCCCUUUAUAUUAAUGUCAUACAUGGUAUGUCUGUAGAGACCAGCAUGGUGAGUGGAGAGGAGGGCAGCAGUGUCAGUGUUAAGUGCCUCUACAGCGAGAGACACAGAGAGAGUGAGAAGAGGUGGUGUAGGAGUGGCCACUUAAGCUCCUGCAAGGUGACGGACUUUAAUGGAACAUUCAGCAGUAGAUCUUUGCUCAUCAGUGAUGAUAAGAAGGACACUGUUACUGUAACGAUGAAGAAUCUGGAGAUGCGAGAUGCAGGAUGGUACUGGUGUGGAGCUGGCCAGCACCAAGCCACUGUUCAUGUGUUAGUCACACCAAGACCAACAACAACACCCUCAGUCACAACAAUGGUCAGCUUAACAACACAGCAUCCUUCUGUAGUGAAGGCUCAGGACUCCAAAAGUAACCUGUUUUGGAAGACUGUCCUGACGGGAUGUGGAGCACUGCUGCUGUUACUGAUGACAGUCUUGGUACUAUGGAGGAUACGGGAGCAAUGUAAGAAGGAACCUAAGAAAAGAGGAGUGAAUGAAACAAUGGCUAAGCUCAUGGUGUGUCCGGUGAAUGGCAGGGAUGGAGAGAACACUUCACUCAUUUUCCUGAACAAUUCAGCAGGUCCAGAUGCUCUGUCCAAAAACACAUGGGUUCUAAAAGGGCCUGGAAAAAAGAGAUGGGAGGAUGACAGUGGAAGGAAUACUGUGGAGAAUAAGAAUCCUUUAAUUGGAACUAGCAUAACUAGCAAACAUAAGAAAAUGGUAUUUGCACAAAACAAUGUUUGGCCCGGUGUCUCUACAGGCAUUGACAGCUGGAGCUGGUCAUCAAGGCAGUUAUCUCUUCAAACUAAAGGAACAGUCACCAUCCCUUGUCAUUAUAACAUGAAAUAUAUUCAUCAUAAGAAAUACUGGUGCUAUGAUACUAAAGCAGCAUUUAAUUAUUGUAAGAUUCUGGCUUAUGAAAGUACCACAAAAGAUAGAGUAACAGUGACUGAUUACCCAGCUCAGAGUCUCUUUACUGUGACUAUGAGAGAUCUGCAGAGUGGAGACACUGGAAUGUACUGGUGUGCUGUGGAGAUCGGAGGAAAAUCUAAGACAGAUGUGAAAAGACAUUUAUAUCAGAUCUGUCUGUCUUUGUGUCCAAUUCCUGAUCUAUCUGUGGUGGAGAGCAGUGUGAGUGGUCAGGAAGGGGGCAGUGUCAGUGUCCAGUGUCUCUACAGAGCUGGAUAUCAGAAUGAACAGAAGCAGUGGUGCAGAUCUAAAGACUGGAUGUGCUACACAGUGGGGAGGGCUGACACAUCCCAGAAUUCAGCAGUACAGAUCAGUGAUGAUGGGAGAAGAUCCUUCAGUGUGGAGAUGAGUGGACUGCAGAAGAGUGAUGCUGGCUGGUACUGGUGUAAAACUGGAGAUCUGCAGGUUCCUGUUCACCUCAGUGUCAGUGAUGCUCCUCCAGCAACAAAGACUGUGACUACAGCUUCUGCCACUGAGGAAACCAGCAUCAGUGAGGCCACUUUAGGUUCUGCCACUGUUACUACAAGCACAGAAUCAGCAACAGAUCUGAAUGGAGAGAUCCUGUUGGUCUGGGUUCUACUGGCUGUAGGUCUUAGACUGUUGCUGAUUCUGGUCAACAUUAUAAUCUGCGUGUUGAGAAAAAAGUUCAAUCUGCAGAGUGGAGACACUGGGAUGUACUGGUGUGCUGUGGAGAUCGGCGGAAUAUUACAGCCAGAUGUUAAAGAAGACAUUUAUAUCACAGUGAAAUCAGAUCCUGAUCUAUCUGUGGUGGAGAGCAGUGUGAGUGGUCAGGAAGGGGGCAGUGUCAGUGUCCAGUGUCUCUACAGUGCUGGAUAUCAGAAUGAACAAAAGCAGUUGUGCAGAUCUAAAGACUGGAGGUGCUACACAGUGGGGAGGGCUGACACAUCCCAGAAUUCAGCAGCGCAGAUCAGUGAUGAUGGGAGAAGAUCCUUCAGUGUGGAGAUAAGUAGACUGCAGAAGAGUGAUGCUGGCUGGUACUGGUGUAAAACUGGAGAUCUGCAGGUUCCUGUUCACCUCAGUGUCAGUAAUGCUCCUCCAGGAAAGAUGACAAACACUGCUACAAAGGCUGUGACUUCUGUUUCUGCCACUGAGGAAACCAGCAUCAGUGAGGCCACUUCAGGUUCUGCAAUUGUUACUGCAAAUACAGAAUCAGCAACAGAUUUGAAUGGAGAGAUCCUGUUGGUCUGGGUUCUACUGGCUGUAGUUCUAGGACUGCUGCUGAUUCUGGUCAGCAUUAUAAUCUAUGUAUUGAGAAAAAAGUUCAAUAGAAAUAAGACGGAGACCAGAGAGAGGAGCAAUAACACUGCAGUUCAGACGCCUUCAUCUGCACUGGAUCAGGAAAAUGGUGUGAUCUACAGCUCUGUAGUUACAGCUACCAAAAACAACACUCUCUCUCCAGCAGGUGGAGAUGAUGGGGUGAUCUACAACUCUGUGGUCUGCAAUUAAGAGGUGUAAGCAGAUGAAUUUCUGGACAAAAUACCUGAGCAGAGAGGACACUGUAAUACAAGUGACCUGAUAAAUGGAUAUAGACUGUAGAUUAUGUGGCAUGUUCAUGUUCUCUUUUCCUUAGUCAUAUUAUUUAUGCCAUUUGAAUCCACAACAUUUAAUGGCUUGAAUUAGAGCUGCUAAUAAAUGUUCUUCUAGCUUAAAGCUGUAAGUGUUGGUGGUUUGGAGACCUCUCUGGUGGAAAUGUGUAAUUGCACACAAUGUACAGGAGAACAUUUUGUAAGGUUCCUUGUGCUUCAGGUCAGUUCUCUGAGUGGAUGAAUCUGAAGAUUGUGAGUGUGUUAAGUGUAUUCAAAAGAAUUCAGUCAAAACUUAUCUGCUUUGAAAAUUCAAAGUUC